GUUCUGAGAGUUGCAUAACCUUUAGGGCAAAAAGGAAAGGAUGAUAUAGGUAUCAUCCCAGGAAUCGAUCGGGGAAAUUCUACGAAUUGGUAAUUGGUUGCUGCCGCUCUCUGCUCCAUCUCUCUCAUAUGAGAAGUGGCGGAGGAGGAUAAGGAGAAGCGACAUGAGAGGAGGGAUGGGGGAUUCGAGCCUGCACCUCCAGGAAUCCGGGUGGGAGGAGCUCCGCAAGGAAGCCAGGAAGAUCGAGGGCGAUCUCGAUGUCAAGCUCUCCUCCUACGCCAAGCUCGCUUCCAGAUUCACCCACUCUUCCUCCGGUUAUGGAGACAAUGGAUCACCCACUAUAGGAUCCAGCAGAUCAUGGAAAUCCAUGGAGAUGGAAAUUCAGUCGUUACUCGAGAAGUUACUGGAUAUUAAUGAUGCCAUGAGCCGUUGUGCUGCAUCAACAGCACCUACAACUUCUAUAAACCAGAAACUUGCAAGGCAUAGAGAUAUACUUCAUGAAUUCACACAGGAAUUUAGAAGAACUAAAGGGAACUUGAACUCCAUAAGGGAGCAUGCUGAACUUCUUUACUCAGUCAGGGAUGAUAUCAGUGAAUCGAUGGCAUCAGGUAGUAUGUCACCUAGGGUAAAUUUGCUGAGGGAAAGAGCAGCAAUUCAUGGAAAUAUAAGUCAUAUUGAUGAGGUGAUUGGUCAAGCACAAGCGACAAGAUCAGCAUUGGGAUCACAAAGGGUUUUAUUUGGUGAUGUUCAGGGGAAAGUGAAGCAGCUUGGUGAUAGAUUUCCUGAAAUUCGAGGCCUCAUCGGUGCCAUCAGACGAAAACGCUCCAAGGAUACACUUAUUCUUUCUGCCGUCAUUGCCGCUUGCACCCUGUUCCUAGUUAUUUAUUGGCUCUCGAAAUGAACAUGCUGGGAGUAUGACCAACAGAGGUCUUCCAUUUGUGUAUGAAAUAAAUGAUGAGGCAGUGGAAUUGAUAUGCAUUGCAUGGUGAAUCAAUACCAGGUUGGUAAUUCUGUUUAGAAGAAGAUGAUAAUAGAUUCCCUCUGUUUCUUAUUUGCUUA